UUAAAACAUUUUCCUUCAUCGGAACUUAAAGACGCUAAAAUUAUAAGUUCUUACCAGUUAUAAAAGGUUUUAAGACAUAAAGGAUUGAUACAAACUGCAUGACAAUAUACUGCACAGUGCUUAAACAUAUUGACAAGUGAAAAAUCUUUUUGUGACAAUAAAAUAAAUUAAGAAUGCAUGAAUAUCAAGAAAGUGAGAAUUUAAAUAAUAAAGGAAGAUUCAAACUUGCAUUUAAGGACCUUAAAUACAUUGUUAAGUCCAAAGUUCCAUUCUUAAAACAAAAAACAAAAACAAUUCUCAAUUGUGUUUCGGGAGAAUUUCAUAGUCAUGAGCUGACAGCAAUUAUUGGAUUAAGUGGAAGUGGCAAAAGUUCACUUUUGGACUGUAUUUCGGGUUUUCGUGUGAAUAACAUUAGUGGAACAAUUACUUAUAAUAAUGAUAUUAUUUCAACUCGCAAAAUUAAAGAAGUUUCGUCGUAUUUUAUGCAGGAACAAAUGCUUCAUAAAUUUUUGACUGUAAAUGAGUUUAUGAAUUUUGCAAUCAAUGUCAAAUGUCAUAAGAAGUUUAGCAAAGAAGAAAAGGAAUUUAGAAUUGAAAAUAUAUUGCGUAAACUGGAUAUUACGAAUCAACGCAAUUCCUACUCACAAGACUUAAGUGGUGGACAGAGAAAGCGACUUCAAAUCGCUAUUGAGCUAGUUGAUGAUCCAAAAAUAUUGUUCCUUGAUGAGCCAACAACAAAUCUUGACAUUGUUUCCUCAACACAGUGCAUGAAGUUACUUAAAGACUUAAGCAACGAAGGUCGGAUGAUAAUAUUAACAAUCCAUCAACCAUCAGCUACAAUGUUGACAAUGUUUGAUCACAUUUAUGCCUUAAGUGCUGGAAAUUGUAUUUAUCAAGGAACCAGUGGAAAUUUGAUUGAAUAUCUGGACGAAAUUGGACUUCCAUGUCCAUCAUCAUACAAUCCAAUAGAUUAUUUAAUGGAAAUAGCUAGCAAUGAGUAUGGAGAUCAUAGUCAAGUUCUUGUUGACAAAAUUCAGAACGGAUCAAACUUUGACUAUGCAACAGAACAUGACCAGGACCACACAAUUGAUAUUUUUAAGAAACCAUCAGAUUUUGUGGAUUAUUCUUCAUCUUAUUUCCAACAAGUUUACUAUCUCAUGGUCCGAAUUUUGCUAUCCAGAUUUCGCAAUAAAAGCUCACUUUGUAUUCGAUUCAGUUCACUUAUUGUAAUGGGAAUAAUUUUUGGACUAGUUUAUCAGAGAGUUGGAAAUAAUGCAUCGUACUCAAUAGAUAAUAUACAUUUCAUUGCUGGAUCUCUUUGUAUUGUUUAUUUCACAUCUUUUCAUUCCCUUUACAUCACAUUUCCAACAGAAUUUCCAAUCAUCAAAAGAGAGCAUUUCAAUGGAUGGUAUUCGGCAAUAGCUUAUUACUCUUCCUUCAUAUUAUCUGAUUUUCCAUUGAUAUUAUUAAAUGUUACAAUUUAUUGUAUAAUCGUGUAUUUAUUGACAGACCAGCCACGAGAGCUUCAUAGAUUUUUACUUUUUUUCGGCAAUCAUUUGGUUUUUGCAUAUGAUGCACAAACAAUGGCGAUAAUGGUUACGGGUCUCUUUAGUGGAAUGGUAGCAGUGUGUCUUUCACAACUUUCAAUAUUUCCUUUCUAUGUAAUUUCAACAGUCGGAGUUUAUGCACGUGACACACAUCCAAUUUUCACAUCCUUCUUUCGUGUAAACUUCUUUAAUGUUGCAAUAGCUGGAUCUACAACAUCAGUCUUAGGAAUGAACAGAACAAAGCUUAGAUGUGAUGAACUUUAUUGUCAUUUUAAUGAUCCGAAAAAGAUUUUGCAUGAUUUCGAAUGUGAUAUUGAUUUAUUGUAUGCCUUUAAAGUACUUUUUGCAUAUUUGGUUGUAUGUCAUAUUGGAGCAUUUGUCUUUAUUAGGUAUAAGCUGAAAUAUAAGCACUGA